GUUUUGUUCUCGGUCAUUGCUUCAUGAUUCUAUUGACCAUUCUCUUAUUGACAAAAUUCCUGGGCGUCAAAAUGAUCGGAAAACACUUCUAGGGGAGUUAAACUGGAUUUUUACAGCAGUUACAGACACCAUUGCAUGGAAUGUUUUGCCUCACGACCUUUUUCAAAGGUUAUUCAGACAAGAUUUACUGGUUGCGAGUUUGUUCCGAAACUUCCUGCUUGCUGAAAGAAUUAUGAGAACGGCAAAUUGUACUCCGAUAUCAUAUCCUUUUUUACCAUCAACUCAUCAGCAUCAUAUGUGGGAUGCAUGGGACAUGGCAGCGGAGAUUUGUCUUUCUAAAUUGCCACAGCUGGUUGCUGAUCCGAAUGCUGAAUUUCAGCCAAGUCCAUUUUUUACAGAACAGUUAACAGCUUUUGAAGUGUGGCUUGAUCACGGUUCUGAACAUAAAAAGCCACCAGAACAGUUGCCCAUUGUUUUGCAGGUUUUACUAAGCCAGUCUCAUCGAUUUCGAGCAUUGGUGCUUUUAGGAAGAUUUCUUGACAUGGGACAUUGGGCUGUGGAUCAGGCCUUGUCUGUUGGAAUAUUUCCUUAUGUACUCAAGUUGCUUCAAACAACGGCAAUGGAGCUGCGGCAGAUUCUCGUUUUCAUUUGGACAAAAAUUCUCGCUCUCGACAAGUCUUGUCAGAUUGAUCUUGUGAAAGAUGGAGGCCAUACCUACUUUAUUAAGUUUCUCGAUAGCAUGGAUGCUUACCCAGAACAGCGGGCAAUGGCCGCUUUUGUUUUAGCAGUUAUUGUUGAUGGACACAGACGGGGACAAGAGGCAUGCAUCCAAGCCAAUCUUUUGCAUGCAUGCUUGAAGCAUCUGCAACUUGCAAACCCCAAUGAAGCACAAACUGAGCCUCUUCUACUUCAAUGGUUGUGCCUUUGUCUGGGAAAAUUUUGGGAGGAUUUUCAUGAAGCACAAAUUAUUGGUUUACAAGCAGAUGCACCAGCUAUUUUGUUCCCUUUGUUGUCAGAGCCCCAACCAGAGGUUAGAGCUGCUGCCAUUUUUGCUCUUGGUACCCUUAUAGGAGUUGGAUCUGACUCAUUUAGAGAUGGAAAUGGAGGUGAUGAGGAUUGUGAUGAUGACAAGUCUAAAGCUGAGCUGAGUAUUGUCAAGGACUUUAUGCAACUUCUUGGAGAUGGAAGCCCUUUAGUUCGUGCUGAGGUUGCUGUUGCACUUGCUCGUUUUGGCUUUGGCCACAACAAGCACCUGAAGUCGAUUGCUGCUGCAUAUUGGAAGCCACAAAACUCAGUCCUGAGUUCAUUGCCAUCCCUUGCAAACAUUAGCAGUUCCAGUGGUGUCUGUACAAACCCAAACCAAUAUAUGCAGCAGGGAGGUUCGCUUUCUUCACAAAAUGUCCCUGUGCUAAGAGUUGGAAGUGACAGCAUGGCUAGUACUCGAGACAGAAGGAUCUCAACGAGCAGUCCCAUCGCUUCGACAGGGAUUAUGCAUGGUUCUCCUGUCUCAGAUGAAUCGUCUCAGCAUUCUGAUUCUGGCAUAUUACUAAAGGAAACAUCCACUAAUGGAGUCGUUAAUCAUUUCAGACCAAGACCUCUAGAUGGUGCCAUUUACUCCCAAUGUGUUGUGGCCAUGUCUGCUUUGGCAAAAGAUCCAUCCCCCCGAAUUGCUACUCUGGGAAGAAGAGCACUUGCGAUUAUUGGAAUUGAGCAUGUGGUUUCAAAAGGAGGAAAACAUAGUACCGGAAAUGUUCAAGGCGAUUUACCCGGUCAAUCUACAUCUUCUACCUUUGGUUUGGCUCGUUCAUCUUCCUGGUUUGAUAUGCAUGCUGGUCAUUUGCCAAUGACUUUUAGAACACCUCCUGUUAGUCCUCCUAGGCCAAGUUACCUCACUGGAUUGAGGCGAGUAUACUCUUUAGAAUUUAGGCCACACCAACUGGGUUCCCAAGACACAGGGCUGGCUGAUCCUCUGUUAGGUUCUACAGGAUCUGGGAAUUCUGAGCGUAGUUUACUUCCUCAAUCUUCUAUUUAUAACUGGAGUUGUGGACAUUUUUCACGGCCUCUUCUUAGCGCUUCUGAUGACAAUGCGGAUGUCAUUGCUAGAAGAGAGCAAAGGGAGAAAAUUGCACUGGAUGGCAUAGCUAAAUGCCAGCAUUUGUCUGUUACUAAGCUUAACAAUCAAAUUGCCAGCUGGGAUACCAGGUUUGAGGCUGGCACAAAGGCCACCUUACUUCUGCCAUUUUCUCCAAUUGUUGUUGCUGCAGAUGAGAAUGAGAGGAUUAGGGUGUGGAACUAUGAAGAAGCGACACCAUUAAACAGCUUUGACAACCAUGAUUCAUCCGAUAUUGGGGUUUCAAAACUUUGCCUUGUGAAUGAACUCGAUGAUAGCCUGCUUCUAGUUGCUUCGAGUGAAGGGAAUAUUCGAAUAUGGAGAGAUUACUCUCUGAAGGGCAAACAAAAGCUUGUGACAGCAUUCUCUUCUAUUCAAAGUCUUAGACCAGGCAUUCGGGCUUCAAAUGCUGUUGUUGACUGGCAGCAACAAUCUGGUUAUUUGUAUGCUGCUAGUGAUAUAUCUUCCAUCUUGCUUUGGGACCUUGACAAGGAGCAAAAUAUUAGUUCCAUUUCAUCUUCAUCAGACAGCAGUAUAUCUGCACUAGCUGCUUCCCAAGUUCAUGGACGUCAAGUUGUGGCAGGUUUUGUCGACGGUUCAGUUAGGAUAUUUGAUGUUAGAAACCCUGACAUGCCUGUUUGUGCAACAAAACUGCAUAGUCAAAAAGUGGAGAAAGUUGUUGGGAUUGGAUUUCAACCCGGGCUUGAUCCAACUAAGAUUGUCAGUGCAUCUCAAGCGGGCGAUAUUCAGUUUUUGGACAUUCGAAACCACUCCGAAGCAUACCUCACAAUAGACGCCCAUAGAGGUUCUUUGACUGCCUUGGCUAUUCACCGCCAUGCCCCUGUUAUCGCCAGUGGAUCCGCAAAGCAGAUUGUCAAGGUAUUCAGCCUAGAGGGAGAGCAACUGAGUAUCAUCAGAUAUUACCCCACUCUCAUGGCUCAAAGAAUUGGUUCUGUCAGUUGCCUCGCCUUCCACCCUUAUAAGGUCCUCUUAGCCGCCGGAGCGGCUGAUGCCUGUGUAUCCAUCCAUGCCGAUGACAACUAUCAAGCGAGAUAAAAUUUCAAUCAGUGUUUCUGCCUAUCCGCUCGACUCGGCCGAUGUCGAUAUUUCGAUCUUACGGGCGCAGCUGCGUGCAGAUUUCACAGUAAUUGAAACAUCUGUUGAUUUGGCGGAUGUUGUUUUUUUGGAUCCAUCAGUCGUGGAUUUUGGAAUGUGAAUCUUAACAAUAUUCAUUAGCCUCCGCCGCAGAAGUAGCAUGUCGUUGAAGCUUUUAUGGCAUCCUGCGUUGCCAUCGGAGGCGCUCAAAAAAAUAAGGAUACUUAGGUAGUAAUAGCUUGUACAUAUUCUUUUGUUGUAUUAUCUAAUUUUUUUUUUCCCCCACUUUGUUCAAUUUGUAAGUGUUAUUUUCUUAUUAUUAUGAAUUAUGAUGGCCUUUAUGGGAGAUGGUUUGCGCUUUGAUUCCAAUGUUCAAAAUAAUGUUUUCGGGCUUCUGCCUUUUUAUUCUUU